CUAUGGUGGUAAACUCCUUCAAUGAGCCUCCACCGGGGCUCAUGCGCAGUACUUGACGUUUCAAAGUUGCUUCUCCGGGUGUUUGAACAGGAAGGCGGACAUGUUGGUCAGGCGGUGGGAGAAAAUCGGGCAUCGUUUAGUUUUUCGAAAAAUAACAUAGCUAACGUUAGAUCAAAACCAGAUUUAUCUAUGUAGAACCAGAAAGUUUUCCUUCUGUAUAGGUCAAUAUCGAUGGCCGAUGACAAUGUGAGGCUUACAGCGAACGGACGGCAAUGAAAUGUUGUAACAAGACGGUGUUUUAAACUGAUCGAAAUUUGGAAGGAUCAUUGUUUUUCCGCCACUUCUACUUUGCAGCUGUCAGACUCGUUUAUUGUUUUUUUUUCAAGGGCCUUACACUGAUAUAUGGAAACAAGCCCGGGAGUAAUGUGGCUACUUUGCAGCCUAUCGGAUUUUUAAAACUGUAUUUAAGUUUUACUCUUUGGAUGUAUUGAUAUAUUUUUUUAAUUCUGCACAACUCAUCUGCGGCAUCCUGUGGACGCCGACUAAUCUGUUGAUGCAUUUAGCCAAGUUAACUUGCUAACGCGAGCUAAAUUAACUUCUUUUGAAUUGCUGAAGUUGUCUGCAAAACCUGUCUGAACUGGGGAAAUAUUUAUUCUGAAAAUGUGGCUUUUGAACAUCAAACGUUUCAUGGUCAGUGAAAAAGAGAUAAGAGACACGUUUCUUUGAUUGAAUCUGUGGGUUCUUUCUAAACACUUGAGUUCACGCAAAGGAAAUAACAUUAGGCUAAAUAGCUACGUUAGCACUUGAGCUAGAUUGCUAACUCGUUUUAUUCAGCUAUAGCACCGGCGUGGAACUCUACUUGUCUGCAAAAAUGUCGGCUGGAGAAAGUUUGGAAGCUCGUUUUGAGAAAAUCGAUGCCAUGUUGAAGGACCCGAAGUCGGAAAUAAACACGGAUUGCCUUUUGGAUGGCUUGGAUGCGUUGGUGUACGACCUUGACUUUCCAGCCUUGAGGAAAAACAAAAGCAUCGACAACUUUUUGAAUAGAUAUAAGGACACCAUCAGUAAGAUCCGGGACCUGCGGAUGAAAGCAGAGGACUAUGAGGUGGUCAAGGUUAUCGGGAGGGGUGCUUUUGGAGAAGUGCAGUUGGUAAGACACAAAGCCACCAGGAAGGUGUACGCCAUGAAGCUGCUUAGCAAGUUUGAAAUGAUCAAAAGGUCGGACUCUGCUUUCUUCUGGGAGGAGAGGGACAUCAUGGCCUUUGCCAACAGCGCCUGGGUUGUGCAGCUGUUUUAUGCAUUCCAGGAUGACCGUUGCCUCUACAUGGUGAUGGAGUAUAUGCCCGGCGGAGACCUGGUCAACUUGAUGAGCAACUAUGACGUCCCCGAGAAGUGGGCCCGUUUCUACACCGCUGAGGUGGUGCUGGCUCUGGACGGGAUCCACGCCAUGGGCUUCAUACACAGGGACGUGAAGCCUGAUAACAUGUUGCUAGACAAAGCGGGCCACUUGAAGUUGGCAGACUUUGGGACCUGUAUGAAAAUGAACAAGGAUGGUAUGGUACGAUGCGACACCGCAGUGGGAACACCAGACUACAUUUCGCCAGAGGUACUAAAAUCCCAGGGAGGAGAUGGAUAUUACGGCCGGGAAUGUGACUGGUGGUCCGUGGGAGUCUUCCUGUACGAAAUGCUCGUUGGUGACACACCGUUCUAUGCUGACUCGUUGGUGGGGACGUACAGUAAGAUCAUGAACCACAAGAAUGCCCUGACCUUCCCUGAUGACAGCGACAUCUCCAAGGAUGCCAAGAACCUUAUCUGUGCCUUCCUGACUGACAGGGAGGUAAGACUGGGUCGCAACGGGGUGGAUGAGAUCAAGAGACAUCCUUUCUUCAAGAACGACCAGUGGACAUGGGAGAACAUCCGAGACACAGCGGCCCCGGUGGUGCCUGAGCUGAGCAGCGACAUCGACACCAGUAACUUUGACGACAUCGAGGCGGACCGGGGAGACGAGGAGACCUUCCCCAUACCAAAGGCCUUCGUGGGCAACCAGCUGCCCUUUGUGGGCUUCACCUACUACAGCAGUCAUCAGUUUUCCCGGAGCUCCAGCACCAAGAGUGUUGACAAACGCAGCAGCUCCACCAAGGAAGACAAGAGCCAUCUGGAGAACCUGCAGAAGAGGAUCUACCAGCUAGAAGAACAACUCCACAGUGAGAUGCAGCUGAAGGACGAAAUGGAGCAGAAGUGCAGGGCCUCGAACACAAAGCUUGACAAGAUCAUGAAAGAGCUGGACGAGGAGGGCAACGUGAGGAAGGGUGUGGAGGCCAGCAUGUCCCUGCUGGAGAAAGACAAGAUGAUGAUCCAGCACCGAGCCACCGAGUACCAAAGAAAGGCCGACCAGGAGGCCGAGAAGAGACGCAACUUGGAGAACGAGGUGUCCACUCUGAAGGAGCAGCUUGAGGACAUGAGGAAAAUCUGCCAAAACUCUCAGGCCUCGAAUGACAAGAUCCUACAGUUACAAAAUCAGCUGGAGGAGGCCAAUGACCUGCUGCGGGCAGAGUCGGACACGGCGGCGCGGCUGAGGAAGAGCCACACGGAGAUGGCCAAGUCCAUGAGCCAGCUGGAGGGGCUGAACCGCGAGCUGCAGGAGAAGUGUCGUUCGUCUGAGGGGGGGAGGGCCCAGCUGGAGAAGGAGCUGCUGCAGCUGCAGAGCACGCUUGACUCUGAAAGGAGGUGCUACAGCCAGGGAUCAGAGGAGAUCCACGAGCUGCAAGUGCGGACGACUGGUCUUCAGGAGGACAAUAAGAACUUGAAACUCUGCUUGUCCAAAGUGGAGGCGGAACGCAAACAGGCCCAGGAGAGGAGAAACAACCUGGAGAAGGAGAAGAACAACCUGGAGAUUGACCUGAACUACAAGCUGAAGACUCUGCAGCAGCGUUUGGACCAGGAGCACACGGAACACAGAGUGACGCGGGCCCAGCUCACUGACAAAUACGAGUCCAUUGAAGAGGCCAAGUCAGCUGCCAUGCAUGCGGUGCAGCAGAAGGUGUCGGAGGAGAGCGGGGCGAGGAUGCGAGCGGAGAGCAGGGUGGUGGAGGUGGAGAAGCAGUGCUCCAUGCUGGAGUUUGACCUUAAGCAGUCAGUGCAGAAGAUGGAGCAGCUGAUGAAGCAGAAGGAGAGGCUGGAGGACGAGGUGAAAGGUCUACGGAUGCAGCUGGAGCAGGAGUCCAGUAAGAGGCUGCUGGCCCAGAACGAGCUGAAGAGCCGCUCGCAGGAGGCCGACCGGCUGAAGGGCUCAGAGAAGCAGCUGAAGCAGGAGAUCAACGCGGCACUAGAGAGCAAACGGUCGCUCGAGUUCCAGCUCGCACAGCUCACCAAGCAGUACAGGGGCAACGAGGGACAGAUGAGGGAACUUCAGGACCAGCUUGAGGCCGAACAGUAUUUCUCAACGCUUUAUAAAACUCAGGUGAAGGAACUGAAAGAGGAUAUUGAGGAGAGGAACCGGCAGGUCCAGGAAGUUCAAAAGAAGGUGCAGGAGCUGCACAGCGAAAGGGACUCCCUGUUGGCCCAGCUGGAUCUGACAGUGACCAAGGCGGAGUCGGAGCAGCUGGCCAGGGCGCUCCAGGAGGAGCAAUACUUUGAGCUGAGCCAGGAGAACAAGAAGACCACGGCCAGACACAAGCAGGAGGGCACCGAGAAGGAUGCCACCAUCGCACGGCUUGAGGAUUCCAACAAAACUCUGACCAAAGAUGUGGAGAACCUCAGCAAGGAGAAGGCCGAGCUGAACAACAAGCUUUGCAUUCAGGAGGAAGAGUAUGCCUCCCAGAAAGAGGAGAUUACAAACGCAAUCAAGGCCAACUACGAGAAGGUUCUCAGCACAGAGCGCACGCUCAAGACUCAGGCGGUGAACAAGCUGGCAGAGAUCAUGAACAGGAAGGAUAUGAAGCUGGACACCAAGAAGAAGGGCAACACGACCGACCUGAGGAAGAAGGAGAAGGAGAACCGCAAGCUGCAGCUUGAGCUCAAACAGGAGAAGGACAAGUUCAACCACAUGGCCAUUAAGUACCAGAAGGAGCUCAGUGAGAUGCAGGCGCAACUGUCCGAGGAGUGCACGUACCGCAACGAGCUGCAGAUGCAGCUGGACAGCAAGGAGAGUGACAUCGAGCAGCUGAGGGAGAGGCUCAACGACCUGCAGCUGCGCAUGGACAACUCCAGCGUCACCAGCCUGCAGAUGGACGAGACGGACAGCAACAUCGCCGAAUCCAGACUGGAAGGGUGGCUGUCCAUUCCUAAUAAACCUAAUAUCAAACGAUAUGGCUGGAAGAAGCAGUAUGUGGUGGUGAGCAGCAAGAAGAUUCUGUUCUACAAUGAUGAACAGGACAAAGAACAGUCCAACCCCUCCAUGGUACUAGAUAUCGACAAACUGUUCCACGUGCGUCCAGUCACCCAGGGUGAUGUGUACCGUGCAGAGACCGAGGAGAUCCCAAGGAUAUUCCAGAUCCUGUAUGCCAAUGAGGGGGAGUGCAGGAAGGAGGCGGACAUGGAGACGGUCUCGCAGGGCGACAAGACCAACUGCCUGCCCCACAAAGGUCAUGAGUUCAUCCCCACGCUUUACCACUUCCCCACGAACUGCGAGGCCUGCGCCAAGCCCCUGUGGAACGUCUUCAAGCCCCCACCUGCCCUGGAGUGCCGCCGCUGCCAUGUCAAGUGCCACCAGGACCACCUCGACAAGAAGGAGGACGUCAUUGCCCCCUGCAAAGUGAACUACGACGUGACCUCUGCCCGGGACAUGCUCCUGCUAGCUCUGACCCAAGACGAGCAGAAGAAAUGGAUUGGCCACCUGGGCAAGAAGAUCCCCAAAACACCGCCCUCCUCCUUCCUGAGGGCGUCGCCUCGCACCAUGUCCACCCGCCCCGCACCCAACCAGUCCUUCCGCAAGAACCCCAAAAGCAUCACAGGCAAGCCAAGGCCUCUAUGCAACCUUUCCCGAAGCGUUUCCCUCGACCAAGUAUGACGCCAGAGACCAUGGAAUGCAUAAUGGAGAUGUAGUUGCUAUGUCAAACCUGUUUUUCUAUGUAAUGUAUUAACAUCUACCGGGGGGUACUAACCAAGUGUCAAAUGUCUUACUCUUUCACUGGACACCUGUUUUCUCUUUCUUCCAGCUAACCAUCUGAACCAUUGGAUUCUAUUGGGACUUUGUGUUUUUUUCUUUCCCACCUCACAAAAACAGGAGGGUCCCUAUUUGAUAUCAAAGUCAAUUAAAGCAAUCUGACCAGCGCUGGAAAUUUGGGAUAGUUAUCUGACAUAAGGCAUCAGGGACAUUGAAAAGGCCUGCUAUUCCCCCCUCACCCCCUCUUCUCCUACCCUCACCCUCACCCUGGAACCUCAACUAAGACUCCCUCAUCCAGCCACCACAUACUUGCAACUCUUUGUUUCUUCCAGAAGAUGGCGUGGCUCGUCAUUCCAAAACGUGGGACUUGGGACCUGAAUGGGAGAUGGAAAGACAGAGCGAGGGGCUCGUGACAUGCUGUGGGUAGUACAUCUUCCAUGUCAGGAAUAGGAAGGGUUUAUGGUUGAAUAAAUGACUGAAGGUUUUGCUGGGACUCUUGCAUGUAAACAUGGUCAACGUUGAGGUACUGUAGUACAGGGAUUGGCUUAACUCUGUGGAGAAUGGGUACAUCUCGGGGGAAAGUAAAUGUGUGUGUGUGUGUGUGUGUCCCAGCCCCCGACUGAGGAAAAAGAUACUCUGUUUCCAUCUAAAUUGACUUCAAUGCCUUUGACUGAUGGACUCUGGUGGCCUUUGCUUCGAUCCCUCAUUACUUGGCACUCCAGCUAUAUCAGGGGUCAGUUGAGACAGAGUAUGUAUUGGGAACUGAGUAUUAGAUGUUUUUCAGUAUUGAGUGAGGAGCGUGCAGGAUCAUUUAAAUCUAUGCAUUAUUUUUUAUGAAUUAUUGUAAUUGCUCCAAGCCAUAAGCAAAUUCCAUUGUAAUGGCAGAUAGGAGACCUAAAAAGGAUUAUCUUUUUCUUUGUGUAUUCUUUGGGUACAUUGUUUUCUGUAAUAUUGUAUUUUUUUGUAUGUAUUGCCUUACAUUGACUCAUAGAUAAAUGGCUCAAAAGGAAAACAUUAAGUUAACAAAUGUAAAACUGCACUGUUUGAAUUGUAAAUUAUUUGUAGAAGACUUAACCAGGUGUAGCAUUUGGCCCACCUAGUGCCUUAAUGUUUGGAUAAUGAAUUUACUGCCAUAUCUGUUUUGUGUUUAUCUCCAAAAACAAGACAAAUCCAAACUCUUCCAUUUUUUUUCUUUUUUAAAAAUCUACUUCAUUGUGGUUUUAUCAGAACAUUUCCUGUCUGGUUGGAGUAUAUUUUGAAUGCCUCUUUAUAGACUCAUUGCAAUAGUGUAAUGUGUCAACACAAAGUACCCAGAGUCCAGUAUCUAGUUCACAACAGUUUCUGGAUGGUGUACCUUGACGAAGGCUUGUUAAAAAUGCAGUUAUAAUUAUAUUCAUAUGGUAACGUCCCAUUCACGCAAAUCCAGCUGUGUACAUCAUUUGAAGAUACAAAAAAAAUAAUUAUCAUGAAUAAACUGCUAAUUCAAAAUGUUUUUUUUUUUUUUGUUUAAGUAAAAAGAGGGUGAGGGGGAAGCACUGGAACUAUGACCUACUUACUCUAUUUUGUCUUGGAUGAAUCGCAUGUUUAAUUGCAUUGGAGGCCGCACUGAUGGAUAUGUGUCAAUAAACAUAUCUUUAUCUAUAA